AUGGAAGGUGGGUUAAUUUACUCUGGAUCUGGAAAAGGGUACAGAAACAAAAUGCCGGCCGGCUUGACGGGUUUCGUCAAAAGCAUGAACACUUCCAUGAAAAUUUCAUUGGGUAUCUGUAUAAGCUUCUUUAUUAUACUGGUUGGAAUUCUUUUGAUACUUAGUAUGUGCAAGAUAAUUGAGUUGCUAAAACGCAUUGCAACAUCACAACACAUAUUGGCUAUACAUAAUAAUAAUGCACCUUCCAAGUUAGCACCCAGAAAGUUUUCUGCACGAGAAAUUUCUAGGGCGACAGAUUAUUUCUAUGACGGUAGAAUCAUUGGUAGAGGAGGCAAAGGAAUAGUUUACAGAGGAGUUCUACAAGAUAAAAGCGUGGUGUCCAUAAAGAAGUUCAAGUUAGACGUACCUAGUAGAAUUGUCUCUGAAAUCUUUGUUAAAGAGGUGACUAUUCUUUCUCAGAUUAAACACAGACAUAUUGUGAGGCUCUUAGGUUAUUGUGCAGAUCUGGGAGGAGAAAUCCUAGUUUGCGAGUUCAUCAACAAUGGCACUCUUUACGAGCAUAUUCAUGGAAAAAGCGAAGGGUCAUCAACACUCUCAUUCCAAAUGCGAAUGAAGAUAGCAGUAGAAAUCUCAGCAGCACUAGAAUACUUGCACUCCUCCUCCUCUACUUCCAAGAAUAAAUCAAUCGUACAUCUAAAUGUGAAUUCGAAAAGAAUACUAUUAGAUAAGAAUUACAGGGCAAGAUUGGCCAACUUUAGAGAGGCAAAAGUGAUUCCUCAAGUAAUAAAUCACGUGUAA